AUGGAAAAAGUAGAAGGUUGUGAAGAAGAUGUAUGCGAAGAAGAAGAAGUAGCGGUAGAGGAAGUGAAGGACGAUCAGUCGAAAAUGGAAGGAAUAACAUCAAUAGCGUUGUUACCAGAUGGGUCAAUCUCGGGUCAUUUUGUUCAUCUUCCCCAUUCUGUUUGUUACGGCAUCCAUGGCACUGACGAUGUUUUUGGGCAUUAAAGCAUGUAGAAAGAACAUUAACAGAUACAAUGUUUUUUGGUAAUAAAUUUGUUGCCAUGAAAACAAAGAUAGCAUGUGAAAGGGAAUGCAGCAGGGGUGAGAACUAUCGUUUGGUCAAACUGACUAUAAUAGACUUCAAUAGCAAAAAGGAAAGGGAUGACAAAGAGGUCAUGAUGAUGCACGCUUAUCUAACACUGAUCAUGCUCAUGGAUGGAAGAAGGAUGUGGUUAGUUUAGUUGCUAAGGAGCAAGAGAAGAGGCAGAUUGCAAUUUCUUUUCAGUGUGAAACACUUAAAGCAGAUGAAGUAGCAGAAGGGCAUAUUAGGCAGUUCAUGCCCAAAUUAACUGGAUUGGAUGCUGUUGGUAAACAUAUCUUCAAACUCAGUGCAGUUAAUAUUGGGAAGAUGAGUAUCACAGGUUUGGACUUCAAAGCAAAAGUGGGAUGUUUGGAGCCAAGUUCCUAAACUUAUGAUCCAAACAACAUUUUUGAUCCAAGUGGAAAUCUACCCUUUGUUAAAAUCUGUUUAUAUAAAAUCAAUCACUGUUAGAAUUAAUGAAUCGUUUGAUGAUAAACAUGGUUAGUGAAUCUAACUACGACAACAAUGGUCCCUAAACUAUAUGGAAGUACAAAAUUAUACGUUGACUUUUUUGACCUGCUGUUUUAGUUGUUCUGAAUAAUAAUUAAUAAGUCAGUCAGGGUUAUUUUCAUACUUUCUCACUUGAGUCGGUGAUUCGCUAGUAUUAGUAUGUUGUUAUUUCUUCCAUUUAACCUUGAGAUGUAUGUAAAUGUCAUAAUUGUAUUAUUUGAAAAAAUUUACAUGUAGUUUUAACCAAUUUGAUGUUUCA